AGGGCUAAACAAGAAGAAUGCAGAUCUGAUCGAGAGGGGUCAAAUCCCUAGCCAUCUCCUUCGAUCCCCUUCGGGCCUGGCAUUUCUCUCUCCAUCCCUUGCCUUCUUCUCCAUCUCAGGCCGCCGCCACGGCCAGGCCGGCGUGGUGGUGCGCCUCCCAUCCAUCUGCGCCCCUCACCAUCACACCAUCACCCACCAACGCCAUCUUCGCCAACAUCCACCAGCACCACCAUUGCCGCCAGCCACGACCAUCUCCAUCACGCACCACCAGCACCAUUUCCCACCAGCCGCACCUCACACCACCACCAGCACCGCGCCAUCUCCAUCUUCGCCGCCGAGCCACCGCUCGCGCGAUCUCUUCUUCCCCUGCUGCUCCUCCCUUCUUCUCCUACGCCCCCUGCUGCUUCAACUUGCUGCUGCUUCUCUCUCUCUCUCUCUGUGUGUGCAUCCCUUCGCUGCCGCUCCUUCCCUCGCCCCUGUUGUUGUUCUCUCAACGCUCCUGCUGCUUCUUCUCCUUGCAUCCCCUUGCUGCUGUUGCCUCAACCUGCUGCUUCUCUUCUUCCACUCAAUCUGCUGCUCUUCUUGCGCCCAAGCUCCUGCUUCUUCUUUUCUGAAUCCCCAAACGCUGUUGCUGCUCCCUUCGCCUUAAUCUCCUGUUGUUGAUUUUCUCCUUCCCUUGCUCUGCUUCUCUCCCUGCCUUACUGCUACUCUUCCUCCUUACCUCCUCUGCUGUUACCUUUUAUUUUUCUCCCUUACUACAUUCUCUGAAUUUUCUGUAAUAGAAGAUGUGUAGUACAUGUAAUAUUCAGAUUUGAGUAGUGCUAGCAGCCUGUUAUUUGUUCAGUUCAGACUUCCUGUGUGUGAUAAUUAGUUAAAUUUGUCACUCAUGUACUGCUCGUGUUUGUUUAAUUUGUAGUUCCUGUGUUGCUCAAGUAGCUGUGACAUAUAUGUAUGUGGUGUGGAUUCUAUAUGUCCCAGUACCAAACUACUUCUGCAUGUUCAAUACUAUGAUAUAUCUUUUAUUUCUAGUUCUUAUAAUCCUUAUACGUACUUUUGAUAUAUACAUGCUUGUGAUGUGAAUCAGUUCUGCCCCUUUGCUUACAUACUUUCUAAUAAUAUAUGUGUCCUUUUAUUGUAGAUUUCCUUUUGUAGUCUAUGUAUGCAUGUGUUUGUGUUUUAUUUUCUCAAGGAAAACAAAAACAUCAAAGAGACAAUUUAGAAAAUCUGAACCUCCCUUUGCUUCUUUUCCAUUUUUUGUCGACGAUUUUCCCGAGUGAUCUCAGUUAGUCUAGAUUUAUUAUUCAACUUUCAUCACCCAAUAUUGUGUUACCUAGAUUUAGCUGAGCAUAGUCGCUGGUCGACUAGUCCCUGUGGAGAACACGACAUCCGUAGUUUGGGCGUAAAACCCCACUACACUUACAAUUGAUCAUUUUGGCGCCGUUGCCGUGGACUAGCGUCGUGCGACCGUGUUAGGCUAUAGACUAGGUUUUGCUUCUGUUUCUAUCUAGUGCCAUAUAUUUGUGAUAUAUCUCUUACCCCUAACCACUGUUCUAGUUAUCUUCUCUUUCUUUUCUUGUGCAUUUUGUAGGUUGAAUCAUCUUCUCAGAUAUGGCUUACUAUUCAGAUCAUCAUGCUUAUGUGAGCAACACUACAAACAGCACGGAAAGUAUUCAAGACCUGAUAAGGCUAUUCACCUGCUGAAUGUCAGCUUGGCUACUCUCACCCUCCAGAUUGUUUUGGCAUGAGCUUCGCUCAAGAGCAUAGCUCAUACCAAAACAAUUACUCACAUGGGUAGCCUGAAAACCCGAAUAUGUCAUAUAGGAGCAACAACCCUGGGAUCUCACCGUUUGCUUCUAGUAAUCAUAUGCAGGGAAUUAGGUACAAUGAGGAGAGCAACAACUAUGCUCCACAACAGAUUUAUUCAGCUCCUACUCAUAUACCUCAACACCAGGAGAUGUUGCCAAUGGAGUUAAAUGGUCCUCCAUUUGGUCAACCAACACCUUCAACACAAGUACCCACACAAGAUGACUUUGAUGAUAUAGACAAGCUCAUAUUGCUUAGUCUCGAGUUCACUUGGAGUGCCGAAGAUGAUCCAAUUAGGCCGGUGAUACUAGAGGAAAUGAAGAAGAUCAAGAGUGGAAAAGAGCUAGUGGAAGAAGUAAGGAAGAUAGAGAAGAACAUCAACGCUAGCAGCACUAUUUCAUCACAGCUUGAGCUGAGUGUUGCUGGGAUAUCCCUUGAGGUGUGUAAGGUUUCAACACCGUCACAUUCAGCUGAGCAAGAUAGCGAGAGUCCAGAGGAAGAGACACUUCAGAUCCAAGAAGAAAUACUUGAAGACAAGGAACAAGAUGAUCCAGAGCUGCAAUUCCCAAGUGAUCAAGAUGAAGACAAAAGAUCUACUACUCUUGAAGAAGUAAAAGAAGCUGCUGUAGAUGAACUUGAAGAACCAGAAAUUCAAUUGCCUAUUGUCAUACAAGAGCGUGAUGAGUCAGGUUUAUCUAAUCCUCUUAAUGACAUGUCUCCAUAUGAUUUGUUUGCUGCUACCAUGCAUUGCAUGAUGCCAUCACAUAAGGUAGAUUUGAAAACUAUUUGCUUGGACAUGAUCAUACACACCUUGUUAGUGGCACUGCUCAUAUCUUUGUUCAUGAUACUUAUGUUCCUGAUGCUAUACCCAUGCUUAAUGAAACGUGUGAUUCUAAUACUAGCAUUGAGCUUACUGAUUUCUACUAUCCUAAACAUGUGCUUUAUAGCUAUGCUUAUGUAAUUGGAUACUCGAUUGAUGACUUGGAGGGUAUCAUCCCUACCGCUUGCAUUGUCUCUUUUGUGGAGUGUUCUUUCAGGUUUUUUCUACUGCACCGUUUACUACAUGCUGACCAGGUUCGAGGUGACAUCCCUUGGGACCCCGGUGGAUUCAAGGCAUGGUGAUGAGGAGAAGCAAGGGGCACACAUGAAGAAGAGUGAAGCUGGAGCAUGCACGAGGAAGCAAAGGAGAAGAGCUGCAGCUUAGAGAGUGAUCAAGUGAGUGCUACAUGAUCAAAGCCCGGUGAGCUGUUUCAUGACCCCAAUCUGAAUAUAUCAUCCAUUGAUAAUGCUGAAAUCAUUUGAUAUUUGAGUUGCUUAAGCCAUUUCUUAAAUGAUACCCCACUGAAUUUUAUUUGACAUAUUGUGCUUGAUGUGAACAUGAGUACUGAUUGUUGAAUGCCUUGUAAACUAGUGAUCUACACCAUGCGUGCUUUGCUGAAAUUAGUGAGAACUAUUAGUUUUGAGUGCUCAAAUCCCUAGUGCACUAGUAAACUUUAUCAUUUUCUAUUUUUACCUUGAUACACCUAGAUCACCAUGUUUAGAUGCUGAAUUUGUGUGAAGUGUGUUCCCAUUGAGAGCAAUCACCUAACCACUAUGGAUUAGCAUGCUAUGUUCCCUGGAUCGGUAGCAUGUGAACCAGACAUGGAGAAGUGAGGAUUCCUUUUUUUGUGCUUAUGUGUUGUUCAUUAAAAAAAUAUUAUAAUGAAUAAUUAUCUGAUCUUACCUAACAGUAGCAUGUCAUGUUCCCUGGAUCGAUGGCUUGUGAAAUCUGGUUGGAUCGGAUAGGAGUUAAUUAUAUUUAAAAAAUGUAAUUGUCGAACUAGGUGUAUACCAUGUUCUCUGGAUCGGUGGUAUGUUCCUUUGGGGAGACAAACAAAAAAACUAAUAAUUGGUCGAGCCGGGUGUAUACCAUGUUCUCGGGAUCGGUGGUAUGUUCCUAUGGUGAGACUAAUAAUAAUAUAAUCAUUGCUUUAUCUCUGUAAAUAAGUGAUUUGAUCACAAGAUUUAAUUCCAGUUCUUUUUAUUCUCGGGAUCAUGCUCUCUUUAGGAACCAUUUGGCACAGUCAUCACUUAAACUUGUUGAUCCUCUUUUAUCAUUGUAAAAGUUUAAAAUGGUCAAGUAUACUAGUAUCCUACCGCUUUGAAGCACUCCUAACCAUUAAUUUUCACUAGCUAAGUCCAAAGCAUGCGCUGUUUAGAGAUCUACUUCACUUGGCAAUCUCUAGUCAACUCACUAUUCAUACUCUUGCUCUUGUCAUAUGCCUUUGCUUGAGGACAAGCAAAGAUUUAAGUGUGGGGGAACUUGAUAGAGCAUUUCCUCGUAUAAUCUUUUUAGCCUUUUUGCAUCAAAUUGUAAUCAUAUCUCACAUUAUUUACUCGAAAGAUAUUCAAAUACUCAUAUUAUGUCACAUUUACAACACUACUCCAUCUUUUGCAGAAAAGGGCGAAAAGGCCCAAAUCCUUCUAUAUUGGAGUGUCUAAGAGGUUGCGGUUGCUGCAUUUUGCGGAGGGACUCGAGUGUGAAGAAGAAUUAACCUCCAGGGGGCUAGCUGAUGAAGAACGGGACCAACUUGGGAAGAAAGAAGAAAACAAGGAGGGCUAAACAAGAAGAAUGCAGAUCUGAUCGAGAGGGGUCAAAUCCCUAGCCAUCUCCUUCGAUCCCCUUCGGGCCUGGCAUUUCUCUCUCCCUCCCUUGCCUUCUUCUCCAUCUCAGUCCGCCGCCAUGGCCAGGCCGGCGUGGUGGUGCGCCUCCCAUCCAUUUGCGCCCCUCACCAUCACACCAUCACCCACCAACGCCAUCUUCGCCAACAUCCACCAGCACCACCAUCACUGCCAGCCACGACCAUCUCCAUCACGCACCACCAGCACCACUUCCCACCAGCCGCACCUCACACCACCACCAGCACCGCGCCAUCUCCAUCUUCGUCACCGCGCCACCGCUCGUGUGAUCUCUUCUUCCCCUGCUGCUCCUCCCUUCUUCUCCUACGCCCCCUGCUGCUUCAACUUGCUGCUGCUUCUCUCUCUCUCUCUGAAUCCCUUCGCUGCCGCUCCUUCCCUCGCCCCUGCUGUUGUUCUCUCAACGCUCCUGCUGCUUCUUCUCCUUGCAUCCCCUUGCUGCUGUUGCCUCAACCUGCUGAUUCUCUUCUUCCAUGCAAUCUGCUGCUCUUCUUGUGCCCAAGCUCCUGCUUCUUCUUUUCUGAAUCCCCAAACGCUGUUGCUGCUCCCUUCGCCUUAAUCUCAUGUUGUUGAUUUUCUCCUUCCCUUGCUCUGCUUCUCUCCCUGCCUUACUGCUACUCUUCCUCCUUACCUCCUCUGUUGUUACCUUUUAUUUUUCUCCCUUACUAUAUUCUCUGAGUUCUCUGUAAUAGAAGAUGUGUAGUACAUGUAAUAUUCAGAUUUGAGUAGUGCUAGCAGCCUGUUAUUUGUUCAGUUCAGACUUCCUGUGUGUGAUAAUUAGUUAAAUUUGUCACUCGUGUACUGCUCGUGUUUGUUUAAUUUGUAGUUCCUGUGUUGCUCAAGUAGCUGUGACAUGUAUGUAUGUGGUGUGGAAUCUAUAUGUCCCAGUACCAAACUACUUUUGCAUGUUCAGUACUAUGAUAUAUCUUUUAUUUCUAGUUCUUAUAAUCCUUAUACGUACUUGUGAUA